AUGGUCGGCCAGAUCACUUACACCGAGGACCAGAUCCUCUUCAUCUUGCGUCUGACCCUGAGUAAGGAGAAGCGCGAUGUGAUUCUGCGAAGAUACCAGGAGCGCUUCAACAAGCCGCUCACAGCCUCACAGCUCCGGUACGUCAAGAGCAAGUACGGCCACGAUCCCGAAUUUGGGUAA